AUGGCAUCCAACCCCACUACCUGUGAUCCUGACCACAAUGGUGGAGACGAUAACAUUCAGCAGGAAAGCCCUGACUUGACUGCCCUCGCUCAUGAUGCCAUGGUUAUGGUCCACCCCGGCACCGCACGCAUCGCUGAUUCUACCAGGGAAACUGUCGGACCUACUGUCGAGGAGACCGCUGCUGAGUCCACCGGUGACAAUACUACCGGCGAUAGCACUAGUGACAACACAGUCACCGCUACCAACCCCGGCGCAAAUCCUGUCAUCGUCAACAAUACGGUAACUAUCACCGUUAGCAACAUCGGCAACGCGGUCAACACCGGUGAGGCCGUUCCUUCUGCCUGUUCUCACGCCUCGGCCUCGGCCAAUGAGCAAAAAUAUCAGCCCUCUGCCUCAAGCACUGUCUCGCGUACCGUUAAUCUUCAUGCACCGUACGCACCAGGGGCUCCAGACCCCGUCCUUACCCAGAUCUGGAUUGAGCACAUUGAUCACAUGCUGGGCGUGCGAACUGAGCGUCAGAUAGAGGGCAUACAACGUUGUAUUGAGCAGACAGAUAGGGUCGUUAAUCUGUCCAACAGCAUCUUGGCGUGCGCGACCGAGAUGUUGGCAGAAGUGAGACGCAUUAACCGUGAGCAAUACGACACUGAUUAUUCCGACCAUGAUUCUUCCAGCACGUCCGGUGAGCCCACGGACUGCACUGACUAA